AUGGGCUCUUUGAAAGCCUUGUGUGAAUAUUCAAGCUGCUUACUACUCCUCCCUCCCAGUAACAUUGCAAUGAGAAGAGAUGUCCAAGAGGGUCAGGCUCGCUGUUUAUCUCGGCUAGGAAGACACAAGGAGGCUCUGGAUAUUGCAGAAAAACUGAGAAAUGGUGCUACUAAUACAGAUCACUUAACGACUGUUCUCAACCUGCAGUUUGCCAUUUAUCAGGGUCUGGAAAAUGUGGAAAAAAAGAUCACGUGUCUACAGCAACUGAUUGGCUUACAUCCUUUCAACCCUUGGUACUGGAAGUUACUCGCUGAAGCUUAUAUGAGCCUUUUACAGAAUCUGUCUCCAUUGUUCAUUCCAGAAAUGAAACUAAAUCAGUCUGAAGAGACUGGAGUAAGUGACAGUAAUUUCAAAACAUCAACUGGAAGAGAGAUUAAUUUCCAGUCUCACAGAUCAGACAGCCAGAAAGAAUGUUUUUGGCCCGGCUUUGCUAUAGAAACAAAGAAUAAAAAUCCAGUAACUUGUAGCAACAGCGAAAUAAUAAAAGAAUUCCUCUGCACUUCAGAAGAAGCUGAAAGAAGAGACGAAGGGAAACACAUAGCCUCUGAGUUCUGGGAGCAGAACACGUUGAAGAAAGUUGGGGUAAAGGCAUGUGCCUCGUUUAUUAGAGCAAGGCUUUUACUUCAGCUCACACAGUCACAACAGUCUUCCUUUGUUCUAGAGAAUAACAUAAAAAGUCAAAAAGAAAUUGAGGACCAAGUGAAGCGUUUCGGUUUAAAAGCAAGCUCCUUGCUGCUGAUGACCAAGGUUAUGGGGGUGGAUCUUAUACCAGAAAAAAUAAGAGAGGAAUUUCAGGGUGAGGUAAAAUGCCUAGGCCCUUCAGCGCUGUCAUCAUUGGUAACUGCAUCAGCCACAGAAUUUGAAAUCAGAUGGUUCAGAAAUCUCCAGGAUGAUUUAUGUCACUUUGACGGACAGUUCUUUUCAGAUAUAUAUAGCCCACCUUCAGGAAUUUGAAGGUUUUAUUGUAUUUAUUCUCCUGCCAUCAGAUGAUGAUGGAGUGAUAUAUGCAAUAAAGUUCAUAUUGUGU